UCGUAAAAAAAGCAAGCUUAACACGUCGCCAUGGCAACCGGCUUAUUGACAUAACCCUGUCUUUUGAAAUAAUUUUACUAAAAUAAAUAAAAAUGGUUUUAUAAAAGCAAUAUUACAUCGUUAAAAUGAAAUUGUUAAAGUUUCAUUUGAGGUACCAUCCUCCGGGUCUGAUACUUGAAUACUUGCAAAAAGGUGUUGUGAAAAGUAAAGAUAUAGAUUUGCUGGAUUUAAACGCUAAUUCAGACAUAAAAGAGAUAGCCAAGCGGCUGUACAUGAAGGAAGUGCUGAUCACGGAGGACGUGCGCGAGCAGCUCGAGCAGUGCCUGGAUAUCCUGAAGAAGCGAAUCGAACACGAAGGUCCAGCGGGGAAGAGGUUUUACAUAUACAAGACAUUACAAACACAUGUACUGCCUCUAACUAAUGUGGCUUUCGAUAAGAAUGGCAGCAGGUGUUUAUCAGGCAGCUACGACCGAACCUGCAAGCUGUGGAACGUGGAAACAGGCAAAGAGCUGAAGUCGUUCACGGGUCAUCAAAAUGUCGUCUAUUGCGUCGGUUUCAAUUUUCCCACGUGUAAUCGAGUGCUGACCGGAUCGUUUGACAAGUCAGCCAAGAUCUGGGACCCGGAGACGGGGGAAUGUCUGGCCACACUCUGGGGACAUCGAGGAGAGGUGGUCGCCGCGCAGUUCAGCGCGAAGGGUGAUCUCGCGGCCACCAGCUCCAUGGAUCAUACCGCCAAACUCUAUGAUGUUAGAACUGGUAACGAAAUCCACACCUAUACUGGUCAUACUGCGGAGGUUAUUGCGUUACAAUUUGACCCCAAUGAAGGGCAGAGGAUGAUCACUGGCUCAUUCGACGGCACCAUAUCCAUGUGGGAUACCAGGGCUAAAGACCGCGUGGCAGUGCUCCAAGGUCAUGAUGGCGAGAUAUCCAACGUGCAGUUCAACUGGGACAGUUCGCUGGUGGGCUCCUCGUCCCUGGACGGCAGCGCGAAGCUAUGGGACGCCAGGAAGACGUCGUGCCUGGCUACUGUUGCAGGCCACACUGAUGAGGUGUUAGAUAUCUGUUUCGAUUGGGCCGGCAAACGGAUGGCGACGUCGUCGAGCGACUGUUCUGCGCGCGUGUACGACGUCAGAUCAGACUUCAAGGAGCUCGCCGUCAUGAGGGGACAUCGGGAAGAAGUCUCUAAGGUGUGCUUCAGUCCAGCUGGAGGUUGUCUCCUCACCGCGUCAGCUGAUCGCAGCGCCAGGAUAUGGAAUACAACUACUGGAAAUUGCAUCCAGGUGCUGUCAGGUCAUCAGGGCGAGAUCUUCUCUUGCGCCUUCUCGUACGCCGGAGACGCCAUCAUCACCGCCUCCAAAGACAACACCUGCCGAAUAUGGAGAUGAUUGGACUGGUGGAUGUAACACUGCAAUGAAAUAAUUGAAGUGUUUAAACUUUUUAAAAGUGAUUAGGUAUAACAAUAGCUAAUUAAAGUCUGCACGAUGCUAAAGUACGUACACAAAAAUUACUCAGUAUGGUAAUAAUAAGUAAGUAAUUUGAUUAGCACGCUAUACUUAUAUAUAUUUUUUUUGAUACCUAUAAUAUAAAGGAAAAUUUACGGCAUCUAAAAGUUUGCACAGAACUGUGAAAAUGCGCUCAAAAUUUGAUAAGUUAUAAGCCUUUGACAUUUGGUGGAAGGGGAACCUAAGGUAAAUUGUAGUUAGAUAUUUAACAUAAAUUAGUCCUAAUUUCACAUUGACAUAAACACUACGCCCAAUCCGAUUCCUACCAAAGGACCAAAAGCCGCGUGCCACGCCGAAAAAAAGUUGAGAAUGAAAAAAAAUGCAAUUUUUUUAUACGAAAGAAUGAGGAAGCUGAUAAUGACACACGGCCGGCAGUUGACGUCAUGCAUUAACGAGAUGGGUGAGACGUGGGGUGCAUCCACGCGGCGUGCAAGUUAAAUGCACGUAGUUAUUAACCGCCUACGACACAUGAAUCAGUUCGCAUUCUUUGCAAUGAACGUCUGGCAGAUGUCUUGAUAUCCUGAUCUGUUAGAAUCAGUUAUGAUGAAUUUCUUAAACUUAUUAGCCAGAAGAUUUAGUAAGGUAACUCACUCGUAUUGAUCUUACCCUCGCAUAUUUCUUACCCUUGACUCCUACUUCGGACUUCCUCAUAUCAUUUGCAUGCUCAUAUACGCGGAAGCAUGUGCAGCAGGCCAAGGCAUAAAAUAUAUCCUUGAUAGCAUUCAUACACUGGGGACUAAACGGCCCUGCAAAGAUUUCCUCUCCGUUUUAUUAGUCUCCUAUCUUCUUAACUUUCUUCUUCGCCAAGGGAAGGUUAAGAAGAUGGUACAAUCUUUUCCCAUGAUUCUUUCCCUUUGUUCGGGUUCCAAUAGCUGUAAUUAUUACGUUUGAUCGUCUGUAUCACAUUUGCAAUGACCCCCGAUUCCAGCAAAAUACCCGCAGUAACCAUCACAGAUGCUUUUGACCUCGCUUGUCCAGAAUCGUGAGACAUUGAUAGAAGUUGUUGCUCAACAAUAGCCAAGAGAAAAUUCACAAGAUGCGGUAGAACAGUUUGGUAUUUAGUUACGAUAUUACAAAUGAAUUUAGUACACAGGAUUGCCUUGAAAAGCACAAUAAAUUUAGUCAAUAAAAUAUAAGGUAAUUAUUUAAACAGCAUAGAUAAAAAAUGUUUCUAGGCACUCUUCAUGAAUGUUAAUUAAAUGAAUAGCUAAUUAUACAUUAUUACAAAAGUAUAGGGCAUAACGCAAUUGGCCCCGCGCUUAUAGAGUUCCGUACCUCAACACUUAAAUUAUUUUCUGAUACGACAUUAAAAAUGAUUGCGCUGACAUUUUUUUAAAUUACAGCUAACCAAGUAGAAUGCAGGUAUUAAAGUUAAGUUGUUAUUUGGUUAACCGUUGAUGACUAUAUCGUCGAAAAAUAACCUAUUUUAAGAUGCUCCUCCUAGCAAAACUAUGCGCUAACCGUAUUUUUUGAGCCAUCUACUCGCAAUUUGUGAAACAUAGAUAAAAAAAAAUGAACAUCAUAUUUUUACAUUUUAAUGCAACCUUGGUGGUUUAUUUUUUUAUAAUGCGAAUAUUGUGUUAUUAAUUUCACAAUACAAAUACCACAAAAAUGGUUGAUUUCGUGCAUCGCCUCCUAAAGUACAAAUAAUUUUAAUUAGAACCCAACACUAAUCAAUAGAAAAUUUAAUAAGAAAUAUUUGAGUAAAAGACUUAAAAUAGAUUAAAGUAAUUAUUUGUAAAUUUUUGCGUAUUCCCGUUGUAGCUCGUGCACCGAAAAUGUAUGGAACGAAUACUCAAGGCCGUUUGCUAGGGGGCGGUUCUUAAUAGAGCUUCUUAUAGCACAAUAAGUUCUAAUAAUACACUGCAAUAUGCACUUAAAGAUACAAGAGACAAUGCUAUCAGCACAAAUAAUGUUAAUACUGUAAAGCAUUUCGGCUAUGUUUUUAUUACAUAUUUACUAAUAAAACGUUUAAUAAAA